UCGGCUAUUUUCACUUUGAUUUGUGAAUCUUGGAACUUGGAAGCGAUCACGUUACUCUGGCAAUAGUCUUCUCUCUCUCUCUCUCCCUCUCUCUCUCCCCGAUCAGAGAGAGCUUCGGAUCACAUCGGAGAAUCAGUGCCGAGAGUUAUCACACACACACAUAUAUACAUUUCCAUGCAUGGAAGAAGAGAAGAAGAUGAAAGGAGGCCCUAUAGACCUUGACUGGGACCUACUCUUGCCCCGCGGAAACGACGACGAACCUCCGCCUGUUCUGGUGGUCACCGCCGCCGCAAGGAACCAAUCGCCGCCGCCUCCGAUGGGCGGCGAUCAAGAGGAAUUGUCUCAAAGGGACGAGCUGUUUCAAAAAUCGGAUAGAGAGCUCGAGGACGCCAUUACGAGGCUGAGAAACUCCAUUGAAACCAUCGGUCCCAAAUUGCCCGAUAAAGGUGAGAAGCUUAGGGCUAGUCUCAAGCGUCUCGAAGACGAGAAAGAGCACCGGAAACUCUGCCGAGUCGAACAGGAUGACGAUGGAUGUGAGAUGCUCACGCAAUCCAAGAGCCCAAAUUUUACCAGUGCAUCAGAUGGCCUUAGGCAAGAGGCUCAAUCAUCUCUUCCAGCUUCGCAGUCUAUAUUCACCAGAUCUUUUUGCAAAAAGAUGGUAGAAAACCAGACAGGCAGUAGGACAGUAAAUGCAUUUGAAAGCGAACUAUCAUAUUUGGGUCGUUGUGACCGUCGGAAAAUGAGACCUAGUGGGCAGUUUUCACCAAGGGGACGUCACAAGAAGGCGUUAUCUUCAAGGAAGUCACCUUUUCAAUGCCCUACCAUUCUGUCUGUUGAUGUUGAUAAGCAUGAACCCUCAAAUGGUGAUCAAAAUGAUGGACAAUGUUCUACUCCUUCACCUUGUCAUUUUGAGGAAACUUUGUCUGGUUCUUUCUCUAUGAAGAGGAAGGCUUCUCAAGUCCUGCCUUCAAAUGAUUUGAGGCCUAGGAAUGGACGAACGGUUGUUCUAGUGGACGAGGAGGAGCCUAAGCUCGUAGAGUCGGUGGAACUAGAAGAUAAAUUAGAUGAAUGCAUGAAAGGCAAUAAGAUCUACUAUCCUUCAAGUGAUGAUCCAGAGUCGAUAGAAAUUUGUUACUCAGACAUGGAAUGCCUUGCUCCAGAAGCCUAUCUGUCGUCAACUAUAAUAAAUUUUUACAUCCGAUAUUUGCAGCAUCCAACUUCUUCUACAGAUAGGGUAAGAUGUGAUUAUCACUUUUUCAACACGUACUUCUACAAGAAACUCAAAGAGGCAGUAUUGAAGAGUAACAAGGAAAGUAUAUUUGCCAAGUUCAGGAGGUGGUGGAAAGGUGUUAGUAUAUUUCAUAAAGCAUAUAUACUUCUUCCAAUACAUGAAAAUCUUCAUUGGAGCUUGAUUAUUAUUUGCAUCCCAGACAAGGAGGAUGAAUCAGGACCUAUCAUACUUCAUUUGGACUCCCUUGGACUUCACUUUAGUAAACCAAUUUUUGAUAGCAUUAAAAGCUUUUUGAAAGAAGAGUGGAAGUAUUUGGAUCAGGGCGAGUAUCCUUCAGACCUUCCUAUUGCGGACAGAAUAUGGAAAAAUCUCCCUCGUAGAAUCGAGGAAAAAAAAAUUGUGGUUCCACAACAGAGAAAUGACUAUGACUGUGGUCUGUUUGUUCUUUUCUUUAUGGAACGUUUCAUUGAUGAGGCUCCUCAAAGGCUAAAAAGGAAAGAUUUAGCAAUGUUUGGUAAGAAGUGGUUCAAACCCGAAGAAGCCUCUAAUUUGAGACACAAAAUCCGGAGAUUACUUGUGGAGGAAUUUCGGAAUGCAACAAAGGAUAAAUUUAUUUUGGAUCAUGAGCCUGAGCCGUUGUCUUCAGUGAGUCCCUGAGGAGAAAGGAUCAAGCACCCAAUCGAUUGUUGAUUUAGGUUGGUCCAUAUGCUUUCCUGGUUCUCCAAAAUUUGGAGUUCAGUCUUCCAUUUGCUGUAUAGCUCUUGUAGUUGCUGCGAAUAUGUUGUGCCACUUUCACUGAUUCAAGGAAAUUAAUUGUGAAUUUGAUGUGCAAAAAAUUUUGGAUUUACUUUCAAAUUGGUCAGUCCAAAUGCCAAUUUGUCUGGUAUGUGGAUUCACAUUGUAGAAGUCAAUCAUCUCAUAACAAUAGUUUUAGAGGCACUUGAAAAAAAAUGCUUUGUAUAGGAGGAAAACAAACUGUUGCUGAUAAUUGGUUCUGCACAUGCCUUACCUCACUUUCUUUGUAGUAUUGUUUUCUGUGAGGAAAGGAAACAAUGUCAAAGCUUCUAUUAGGUUAUGUUAAUCUAUGUUUGGA